ACAGGAACCCUUCCAGCCUUCAGACUUCAGGUGAAGUUGUAAAAAGGAAGCAAGUCCACAAUAACUCUCUUCACCCACCAGCCCUCAUAAAGCCUCUUAUAAAGCCUUAUAGCGCACAUCACAUUGCAUCCACAUUAAACAAACACAGCAAAACAAAACGGAACAUCCGGGAAACGAAACCUGAUCUGCAAAAGACGUGGAAUGUCUUAUUUCUUUUUUUUUCUUCCGCCCUUCAAACCCGGUAAUGAUGGAGGAGUAAAAGGCGACAUGAUUGGUGGAUGCAGCCAGCAGAGGAGAAAUGUAAACCCCUUGGUUUUGUUGCAUCGGGGGGGCUGAAACUGAACGCUCCCCUCUUGUUUUUCCUUUUUUUUCCUCUCUUUUCUCCCCCUCUCUCUUCCUUCAAUGACAGCAGGAUCCAGGCAGCCAGCCGGGCGGUGCGCUGGGAAGCUUCUUCCCCCCAGAAGAAGGAUCUCCCUGCAAGUCUGCGGUAAGGACAACAACAACAACAACAACAACAACAGCAGCUAGAAUAAACAACAGGCGGUGUGCGUAAAGGCUCGCAUCGAUGCGGAUCACCAGGAAAGGAAGGGAGGAAAAAAAAGCACACAAUGCACAAUGGUGUUGCCUUGGGGCUGCCGCGACCAGAGCUCUCACACUAACCAGCCCGGGACACACUCGCACACUCGGGUUUUUUUUUUUUUUUUUUUUUGCUUGACAGCUGCAGGGCCAAUGGAAACAUGCAUGGAGCCAGCUGCGCCUGGCUGCAGCCAAUGGAAAAAUGUGAAAUGCUGAGCUGCUGCUGGGUCCAAACAGUAAAAGAUGCAGUGAAGGGAUAGAAGAUGAAAAUACACAAGAAGGACCAGCAGCAGAUGUUCACUGGUGUCCUGAAGCACACGCCUCCUCCGGCCUCCGCUGCAGCCUCCUCUUCCUCCUCCUCCUCCUCCUCGGACCAAAAGACUAACGCACAAACCACCGUUCCUACAAUCCCAAAGGGACGCCUGGUGGUGGGCCCCAAGGACCAGCUCCGCCUCCUCACCCCCGUAGGCAGCACGGCCACGUCCAAUCACUGCGCGGCGGCCGGGGCCCACGCCGCCGCCAGGCACUCCGGAGGGGCCCCGCGGCCCCCGUCAUCCUCCCUGAGCGAGGAGGAUGACGGGGGAGGAGGAGGAGGCAGGGUGAAGAAGAAACGGAAGAAAAAGGACAAGAGACAACGAGAGAAAGGAGGCGGAGGAGGAGGGGAGGCGGAGGAAAGGGAAAUCAGCAAACCAAAGAAACGGAAGGAGGAGAAGGUGGCGCCCACGGUGGUCACUCUGAGGAAGAGCAAGGAGCCCAAGGAGGGCAAGGAGCGCAAGGAGCGCAGGAGCAAGACCAAGGAGGGCCGGAAGGAGAGCGGAGCAGUGCUCAAGAAUGUGGCGGUGGGGAAAACGUCAGGGGCCACAGUGGCCCCCGGACCAGUUAAGGUCCCCGGCAAGAGAGGAAGGAAACCGAAGGUCAAAGUCCUACCUCCUGUACCCGCCAAUCAAGGUGUCCACACUAAGGGUCCGGCCCACAGCGAUGGCAAGAACCACAGACAGGCCAACAGCAAGACCCCAGCCCCCUCAGCACCGAAACAGAGGGGCCGCAAACCCAGAGAUCCUGGCGCAGCGCCGGUGGAGAAGAAGAAGAAGGGAAAGAGGAGAAACCAGGAGCUGGCUGUCCAGGAGGGGGCGGAGAGUGACGACACUACCUCAAUGUCCCUCAACAUGGGAGGAGAGGACAGCCAGGACCCCCUGGACCACACGAAGCGGCGUUCGGGCCGUCAGGUGAAGAGGAGGAAGUAUAACGAGGAUCUGGACUUCAAGGUGGUGGACGAUGACGGAGAGACCAUCGCUGUUCUGGGCGCCGGACGCAUCUCAGCGCUCAACGCCACGGCGCUGGCCUGGCAGGCCGAGGAACCACCGGAGGACGAGGCCAACAUCAUCGAGAAGAUCCUGUCUGUCAAGACGGUGAAGAAGGAGACUUCAUCAUCAGAGGACCAAGUGGAGGAAACAGAGGAGUUUUACGUCAAGUACAGAAACUUCUCCUACCUGCACUGUAAGUGGGCCACUCUGGAGGAGCUGGAGAAAGACCCCAGAAUCCACCAGAAGAUUAAACGCUUCAGGACCAAACAGGCCCAGAUGAAACACCUGUUCACCGAGCCUGAUGAGGACUUGUUUAACCCGGACUACGUGGAGGUGGACCGAGUGCUGGAGGUGGCCGUUACCACGGAUACGGAGACUGGAGAGGAGGUGACCCAUUACCUGGUUAAGUGGUGCAGUCUGUCGUACGAGGAGGCGACGUGGGAGCUGCAGGAGGACUUGGACCCGGAGAAGAUCAAAGAGUUUGAGGAGAUCCAGAAGCUGCCGGCAGACCUGCGACACAUGGAGCGUCCUCCUCCUGAGAAGUGGCAGAAGUUAGAUCUCUCCAGAGAUUACCGGAACGGAAACCAGCUCAGAGAAUACCAGUUAGAGGGAAUGAACUGGUUACUGUUCAACUGGUACAACAGGAAAAACUGCAUCCUGGCGGACGAGAUGGGUUUGGGGAAGACGAUCCAGUCCAUCACCUUCCUCUACGAGAUGUUCAGCAUGGGCAUCCGCGGGCCCUUCCUCAUCAUCGCCCCGCUCUCCACCAUCACCAACUGGGAGAGGGAGUUCAGGACGUGGACGCACAUGAACGUCAUCGUGUACCACGGCUCGCAGAUCAGCCGCCAGAUGAUCCUGCAGUACGAGAUGUUCUACAGAGACCCGCAGGGUAACACCAUCCCCGGCGUGCUGAAGUUCCACGGGGUGAUCACCACCUUCGAGAUGAUCAUGGCCGACUGUCCCGAGCUGAAGAAGCUUCACUGGCGCUGCGUGGUGAUCGACGAGGCUCACCGCCUCAAGAACAGGAACUGCAAACUGCUGGAGGGACUCAAACUCAUGAACCUGGAACACAAGGUUCUGCUGACAGGAACCCCUCUGCAGAACUCGGUGGAGGAGUUGUUCAGCCUGUUGAAUUUCCUGGAGCCGCUGCAGUUUCCUUCAGAAAGCACCUUCCUGGAGGAGUUCGGGGACCUGAAGACAGAUGAACAGGUGAAGAAGCUGCAGGCCAUCCUGAAGCCCAUGAUGCUGAGGAGGCUGAAGGACGACGUGGAGAAAAACCUGGCGCCUAAAGAAGAAACCAUCAUCGAGGUGGAGCUGACCAACAUCCAGAAGAAAUAUUACCGAGCCAUCCUAGAGAAGAACUUCUCCUUCCUGUCUAAAGGAGCAAACCAGCACAACAUGCCCAACCUCAUAAACACCAUGAUGGAGCUCCGCAAGUGCUGCAACCACCCCUACCUGAUCACAGGAGCGGAGGAGAAGAUCCUGGAGAGCUUCAGGAAGUACCACAGUCCAGACGCUCUGGACUUCCAGCUGCAGGCCAUGAUCCAGGCCGCCGGGAAACUGGUGCUCAUCGACAAGCUGCUGCCCAAACUACUGGCAGGAGGACACAAAGUCCUGGUCUUCUCCCAGAUGGUCCGCUGUCUGGACAUCAUGGAGGACUACCUCAUCCAGAGACGCUACACGUACGAACGCAUCGACGGCCGGGUGCGAGGGAACCUGCGGCAGGCGGCCAUCGACAGGUUCUGUAAGCCGGACUCUGACCGCUUCGUCUUCCUGCUCUGCACCAGAGCCGGAGGGCUGGGCAUCAACCUGACGGCAGCAGAUACCUGCAUCAUCUUCGACUCGGACUGGAACCCUCAGAACGACCUGCAGGCCCAGGCUCGCUGCCACCGCAUCGGACAGAGCAAAGCGGUGAAAGUCUACCGGCUGAUCACCAGGAACUCUUACGAGAGGGAAAUGUUUGAUAAGGCCAGUCUGAAGCUGGGGCUGGACAAAGCCGUCCUGCAGGACAUCAACCGCAAAGGAAGCCUGAACGGGGUGCAGCAGCUCUCUAAGCUGGAGGUGGAGGAUUUGUUGAAGAAAGGAGCGUACGGAGCGCUGAUGGACGAGGAGGACGAGGGAUCCAAGUUCUGUGAGGAAGAUAUCGACCAGAUCCUCCAGAGGAGAACCCAGACCAUCACCAUCCAGAGUGAAGGGAAGGGCUCCACCUUCGCUAAGGCCAGUUUCGUGUCUUCUGGUAACAGAACAGACAUUUCUCUGGACGACCCAAACUUCUGGCAGAAAUGGGCCAAAAUCGCUGAGGUGGAGAUCGACUCCAAAUCUGAGAAGGAGUCUCUGGUGAUCGAUACUCCUCGUGUGAGGAAACAGACUCGUCACUAUAACUCCUUUGAGGACGAUGAGCUGAUGGAGUUCUCUGAGCUGGACAGCGACUCGGAGGAGCGUCCGUGUCGGACUCGGCGACUCGGCGAACGCAGCCGGCGGUACCUCCGGGCCGAGUGCUUCAGGGUGGAGAAGAACCUGCUGAUCUUCGGCUGGGGACGGUGGAAGGACAUCCUGAACCACGGUCGGUUUAAGUGGCACCUGGCAGAGAGAGACAUGGAGGUGAUCUGCAGGGCUCUGCUGGUUUACUGCCUCAGACACUACAAAGGGGACGACAAGAUCAAGAGCUUCAUCUGGGACCUGAUCACUCCGUCCAAGGAAGGCCAGGACCAGACGCUGCUCAACCACUCCGGUUUAUCAGCUCCGGUUCCUCGCGGUCGGAAAGGGAAGAAGAUGAAGAACCAGCUGAAUGUUCCUGAGGUGAAGAACGCAGACUGGCUGGUCCACUGUAACCCCGAGGUGGUGCUGCAGGACGAGAGCUACAAGAAACACCUCAAACAGCACUGCAACAAGGUGCUGCUGAGGGUGAGGAUGCUCUACUACCUGAAGGUGGAGGUUCUGGGUGAAGCUGCCACUCAGUCUCUGGAGGGGAUCCCUGCCAGUAAACUGGAGGUGGCGCUCCCUGACAUCGACUACAUCGAGAUCCCAGUGACUUGGUGGGACGCAGACGCUGACAAGUCUCUCCUCAUCGGGGUCCACAAACACGGUUACGAGCGCUACAACGCCAUGCGGGCGGAUGCUGACCUGUGUUUCCUGGAGAGAGUGGGAAUGCCGGACGUGACGGCGCUGACUGCUGAACAAGGAGGAGGAGAGGGAGCAUCUGACCUGACAGACAGUGUUUGCAAAACUGAGGAGGCGAAGGACGAGACGGAGAGCAAAGCUGACGGAGGAGAGGACCGAGACGAGAGCAGCAAGGGAGAAGAAACCUGCUCGAGCACAGAUACCUCCGACAAACCUGACAGCACAGGUCCAGACUCCCAGAUGUCAGGUGACCUGUGCGCCCAGGAUGGAACGUUGGUUACCACGACGACGGCAGGAACGGGGACCGGCGUGGCGUCGCUGCACGUGAUCCAGGCGCGGCCCCUGUGGCCCACGGGCCCCGCCCUCACGGCCCGCCUGCGGCGCCUGGUCACCGCCUACCAGCGCUUCACGCUGCGCCGCGAGCCGCUGCUCAGACACGACUUCCUGCUGCACGACGGCCUGGUCAGCAUGGGCAUCGGGGGCGCCGGGGUCGCCCACACGCACCACGCCGGGGGGCCGUUGGCGUGGCAACUGGGCGAAGAGCUGCGGCGCUGCUCCGUGGUCGCCACCGAACCAGACCCGCUGUUCCUGGAGUGGCAGAGGAGGUGGACCCGUAGAGAACAAGCAGACUUCUACCGCACCGUGUCGUCCUUCGGCGUGGUCUACGACCCCGACAGGAAGUCCUUCGACUGGUCCCAGUUCAGAGCUCUGGCCCGGCUGGAGAGGAAGACGGACGAGAGCCUCGAGAAAUACUUCAACUCCUUCGUCAACAUGUGCAGGACGGCCUGCAAGCUGCCGCCCAGGAAGGAAGAAGGCCUGGUGGACCCUGCUGUGCUGGUGGAGCCUCUGACUGAAGAGCGAGCAGCGAGGACUUUGUAUCGCAUCGAGCUGCUCCGGAAGAUCAGAGAGCAGGUUCUCCGUCACCCGCUCCUCUCGGCCCGCCUCCAGCUGUGCCGCCCCUCCCUCUACCUCCCCGUCUGGUGGGAGUCCGGUAAACACGACCGGGACCUCCUGAUCGGGGCGGCGCGCCACGGCUUGAGCCGCACCGACUUCUACAUCCUGAACGACCCCCAGCUGAGCUUCCUGGAGGCCCACAGGAACUACGUCAGGGGCCACCCCUCCCACCUCCACCCCCAGACCCACCUCCACCCCCACCAUGCCCACCACCCGGGCCUGGUGACUCACGCCGGCAUCUCUUCGUCUUCAUCGUCCUCUUCGUCUCACCCUCAGCUGCCUCAUCCUCACUGCUGCCUGUAUGACUCGGGGCUGGGGCGCCACUCCCCUCAGCCCCCCGAGUAUCCCCACCAGUCCUCCCACCACCACCACCACCACCACCACCAUCACACUGUGCCUACGUCUGCACCUUCUCCUUCCUCCUCCUCCUCUUCCUCCCACCCUCACCUCCACCCUCUGCCGCUGGAUGCCCAUAACUCUUCCUCACCCAGUCUGGGGAUAGUAGCUGGUUCUCGGGGGGAUUUCCUGGACUGUCCCCCCCUGGAUGAGACCCUGGAGCUGGGGUCUCUGCAGCACGACGCCCUGUCUGCAGACGCUCUGCACGGGGGGAAGGCCUCCAAAGACGCCCUCAACGGCUUCCCUUUUAACUCGGCUGCAGGAGGUCAGAGCAUGCUGAACUCGUACGGCGUCGGAGGGACCGACCUGGACUCUAAACUACGGAGCGAUGUUCUGGUUGGAGAGCAGGGGUCCUCGGAGGAAACCGGGCUGAUGGCGCCGUCAGUGGAGCUGGACCAGUUACAGGCUCCGUGGGACGGCACCGACCACUCCAGUCCGGCUCACCACAUGUUCAACGAGUCUGACCCCAUCCUGGGUCCUUCCACUCUGGAGGCUGGCUUCCUGGAGGAGGAGGACGAGGAGGCGCAGGGAGGAGACAGAGGAGGAGAGGAAGGAGGGACUCUGGAGGAGUGUUUGGGCCUCCCUCCCUCCUCCUCCCCCUCCCACCCGUCAGCAGGAGACCCUGUGGAGCCGCUCUCCUCCAGCUACAUGCUCUUUAAGGACAUCGGAGUGAGUGAGGAGCCCAGUGCAGAUCAAACCGACCUAUCAGCGAGCCCCCCGCCCCCCUACGUCCCCCCUCCUCCCCUCUCUCUGUCUGACAUCACCGCUCACGAGCCUCAGGAUAGGCUGGGCCACGGUGAUGUCACCGAGAGCCUGGCCAAUCCUGUGGAGGAAGGAGACGGUCAGGAAGGAGGCGCUGGGUUUGAGUUUGAUGACAAGGAGGAAGAAGAAGAAGAAGAAGAAGAAGUGGAGGACCUGUCCAGAGGCAGCAUGCAGCUGAACUCUGGGAAACAGAGGAAUAAAAGUCUGGAGAGAGCAGAACAAGGUGCAGACCAAAGUCUGGGAGUCUUGGAUCCAGCCAUGGAGGUCCCUCAGAUGGACGGGAUUGUUCCGGAGCCGGACCUCGGAGACCAGGACGAGCAACACCUCCAGGAGAGCUUCGACCCCGCGGAGCAUAAAGAGGAGUUACCGCCAGACGUGCACCCGUAUCUGGGGAAGCUGGGACCGGAGGAGGCGUGUCCCGAGUCCAUCGAAGAGCCCGGAGAGGAAGUGGACGGCUUGAUUCUGUACCAGACGGUGGAGGAAGAGCCCAUGGAAAACUCUCUGGACGCUGAAACGUUGAUGGAGAACGAAACCGGAGAGGACGGCCCGGAUCUGGCAGAUCAAGUGGACGAGAUCUCAGAAGGGCAGAUGGAUCACGUGUCCCUCAUGGAGGUUCCUGUGGUGCAACAGUGUGACGAAACAGCCGUGAAACAACUGGACGUCAAACCGAACGAGAUGGUUCUGCAGAGCAUCUACUCCGAGUACGCUCAGAGCUCCUCCCGCCCCGCUGCUGCUGCUGCAGGAGCAUCAAAGUCUGAUCAAACCAGCAUGCAGAGUGGAGCUGAAGUCAAAUCAGAAGCUUCCAUGGAUGAGGAGCACUAUGGAGGUGCAGAUGAAGAUCUGAACUGUAAGAAUCGAGUCCUGGCCUUCGCCUUCGAUCAGGACAACAAAGACAAUCUGCUGCAGCAGAAUGAGAUCAAAAGCGCCUCGACUCCGCCUGCAAACAGCGUCGACACGAAGCCGUCUGAUCUGAAGUUCUCUGUUCUGUCAGACAGAAGUUUUGAGAAGAAACACCUGGAGCUGCCGGUCAAGGUGGAGGAGACCAAAGCGGAGGCGGGCGUGGAUGUGGAUGUGUACCCCGACAGCUCCGAGUUCAAACACGGGAAGUUCCUCUCCUACGGCGUGAAGUCAGAAAUUCUGGUGACCAAAGCGGAGCAGUUAGACUAUCCUGUCAAACCAGAAUCUCUGGAGAACAAACCUGAAGAUCUGAGCCUCCCCAUGAAGCCUGAACGCUUGGAUCGGAAACCUGAACUCCUCCAGUUUGCAGCUUACGCCGAAAUCAAACCCGAAGCCAAACCGGUGGCUCUCAGUUUCCCCGUUUAUCCAGACGGAGCCAAGCUAAAGACGGAGGCGGAGCAAGAGGAUUUAAGGUUAACGGCGUUCCCCGUCAAGCCUGAAGCCAAGCCGGAGGCUCUGGAGUUCUCCAGCUACCCCGACAGCUCUGAGAUCAAACCCGAGGCCAAACCGGAGGACCUCCACUUCACAGCGCUGCCCGAGAUCAAAGCGGAGGCGAAGCAGGAGCUGCUGGAGGCCGACAGCACCGUCCUCACGCCCAAACUGGAGCAGGCCGACGGGCUGCUGGAGGCCAACGAGGGUCUGGGGGGGAAAGGACACGUGAAGGAGGAGAGGCCGGCCACGCCAGUGGCCGUGGUGGAGGGGUACGCAGGCAGUCCCAGGUUUGCGACUCCGAUUUCCAUGUGUGAGAUUCCCGACAGCCUCCACGACAGCAGGGAGCCCACCAUCGCUCAGCUCCUGCAGGAGAAAGCUCUCUACUCCUUCUCUGAGUGGCCAAAGGACCGGGUCAUCAUCAGCCGCCUGGACAGCAUCUGCCACGCCAUCCUGAAGGGGAAGUGGCCUUCGUCCAGCGAGCAGUACGACUCUCCCGGCUCCCUGGCUGCCAACUCCUGCCUGGCCAACAGUUUAGCCCAGCACCAGCACCACCGAGCCUCCUUCCUCCCCACCACGGCCUCCAGCUCCGUCCCGGGCCAGCCCAGGGUCCAGCAGACCAGCCCCGGCCUGGGGUUCUCCAUCCCGCCCCCCCUCACCAGACUACCUAAGUACAUGUCGCGGGGCGGCGCAUGUGGGCGCGGAGCUUGGCGCCUCACCUCCUUGCCUCUCUUACAGGAGAGACUCGUGGCUCCUCCGUUUCUCCCCGAGCUCAAACGAGCGGGAGGUCGGAGGUCGUUCGACUAUGAAGCCGCUGCGGCUGCAGCCGCUGCCAAGGUUUUAGCCGGGAAAUCGGCGCCGUCGUGCCACACGGCCACCACCACCAGCACCGCCCCGGUGGUGGCGCCGCCCUCUCAUCGCACGGGAGCCAUGUUGAUUAACGGCUGGCAAGAAACAGCCAUAGAUCUGACUAAGUCAGCGGGGGAGAUAAGCACCACCACCAGUGGAGGAGGAGACGCCGCGGCAGCAGGAGUCAGCAGUCACAAGCUGCCGCCGCCGCCCAUCACCGCGCCGCUGUCGGGCGCCGUGGGCAUCGACAUGGCCGGGAUACUGCAGGCAGGGCUCAUCCAUCCUGUAACGGGGCAGAUAGUUAACGGGAGCCUGAGGGGAGAUGACUCACUGAGGAGGAGGAGAGGCAGGAGGAGAAACGUUGAAGCUCUGUACUCUGAGUUCACCAAAGGCAGAGGACUGCACCUCCCAGAGAGCCAGCUGCAGGGUCGAGUGGAGGUGAUCAGCCACUCCUCCGUCUCCUCCUCCACCUCCUCGCCGUCCCCCUCCCCUUCGGAGCGACCCGCCGGCCCCCCCACGCCGUCCUCCUCGUCCACGCCCACCCCCACCCAGACGCCUCCUCAGCCGGAGAUCGUGGCCAUCGACCGCGAGGCGGCCAGCAAAGGUCUGAUCGAGUGGCUGAGACAGAACCCGAGUUACAGCAUGGACAUCCCCACCUUCCACUCUGGAGCAGGUCUGUUACAUGGUUUCGUGGAGCGUCCCAAACAGAGGAGGCAUCGCUGUAAAGACCCCACCAAGCUGGACAUCAACUCUCUGACGGGGGAGGAGAGGGUCCCCGUGGUGCACCGAGGCACCGGACGCAGGCUUGGUGGCGCUAUGGCUCCGGCUAUAAAGGAACUCUCCAGGUGGCUCGAUGCAAACUCAGAGUAUUAUGUAGCUCCAGACUGGGCUGAUGUGGUCAAACACUCUGGUUUCCUCCCUGAGGGGAAGUUCUCCCGGAUCCUGACGGAACCCGUCAACAGAGACCCGGGUUCUCGGCGCCGUGGCCGGCGACCUCGCAGCGAGAUGCCGAAGCCGCUCCUGUCCGUCUCCGACUCGGCGUCGUCGGGCCUCGGCCCGCCACUCUUCAUGAACGGGGGAUUAAUCGGCAGCAUGGACUCCAUGGUGGCCAUGCAGAACCUCCGCGGCGGCAUUCCCGGUAUUCCCAUUUCCGGGAUCAUGGCGGCCGGGUUCCCCCACGGUUUCUCCGCGGCCGUGCAGGCAGGCGGCGCCGGAGCGUCGGCUGAAGACGCCAAAAACGGGCUGAGCAUGUUACCCAUGAUGCUGCACGGCAUCCCGCACCCCCACGGGGCGGGGCUCCCCCAGCACGCCUUGUUCAGCGUCAGCGCCAUGAUGGCGCACACGCCGCACCCGAGCUCCUCCGCCUCCUCCUCGCUGUCGGCCGCCAAGGUAACCACGACGACCGCGCCGUCGACGUCCGAAGCCAGCCCGUCGUCCACCACGCCGGCCGACAGAGAGGCCGGCGCCGGAGGAGGCGACAGCGAGAGGAGCAGAGAGGAGAAAGGAGCGGCGGACGCCAACAAGAGACCCGGCAUGGCGGAGGCGGCGACGGCGGCGGCCAUCAUCACCUCCACCAGUAGGGCCCACCUCGGAGCUGCGCACCUGGGAGCCGGCACCGGCAGCCACCUGACCUUUAACCCCUUCCUGGUCCCGGGCAUGUCCCACGGCCUGCUGUACCCCCACAUGUUCCUGCCCCACGGCGGCAUCAUGGCGCUGCCCGCCAUGCCGCCCGGCGCCGUGGACGGCUCCCCGGGGAGCCCCAAGAGGAGGAGGAAGAGGGGGCGGGACGAGGGGGGGGAGAGGGAGGAGGAGAAGGCGGCCAUGUUGAAGGCGGAGGAGGAGGAGAGAGAAAGUACAGUUACGGCGGCUAACGUUAGCUCCCACCCCGCCGCCUCCUCCUCGCCGGCCCCGGCCCCCUCUACCUCGGCGCCCGACCCCGGCCCGGCGCCCGACCCCGGCCCUGCAGAACCCCAGGAACCAGACUCCCAUAACGCUCCUCCUGAAGGAGCAGCGACAGAGGAGAAGGAGGAAAGACUGGAGGACACAGGAGGAGACGCAGCAGCAGAGGAAGAGGAGGAGGAGGAGCAGCAGAGACAGGCGGAGGGAGAGGAGGAGGCGUAGAGACUCCUGCCGUCUCCUCCUUCUUUCUCCUCCUCUCUCGACUGAGCAACAGUGUAAAGUUUGUGCCGUGUCUGUCAGUCAAUGUCCAUGUAAAGACUUUUAUUAUGAUGAUGAUGAUGAUGAUGAUGACUAAUAAUAACGAUGAUUAUAUUCGACUUGGUUAUGUUUAUAGACCAAGACCCCACCCACCCUCUCCACUCCCUCCUUGUAUACAAAAAAAAAAAAACAGUGUAAGAAUUGAUCUUCUGUGUAUUCUUCCCCUUCAUUCUGCAUCGAGACUGACACACACACACACACACACACACACAUAUAAACACACACACACACCGCAGGCAGGAUGUGCUAACCAAGGAGCAGCUUUGGCAGUAAUGAUCCGGUUAUCAGCUCAGAGUGAUCCGGGACGGUGUGUCGCAAAGUUCUGGGUUUGGUGUGUUUUUGCACAGACACGAGGAGGACAGUGACAACGUUUCUUGCCACAGUUUUUGGGAAUUCAGAGAAGCUCAAGCAGACGAGCUCUUGUGUUUGUUUAUGUUCAAGGUCCAAAGCCGAGCCUGAGUACUGUCUUGUUGUUUUAACACUCCACUAGAUUGAGUGUUUUCUUUUCUUUUUUCUUUUAUUUGGGAUUAUCUCUGUGCAAUGUUCUAAAAAAAACCUGAGAUUAACCUGAAAGUGUGUCUUGGUAACACAGAACCAGCAUUUCCCAGAUACACAUAAACACUAAAACACUUUCUUCUAUAGAUGAUAUUAAGGUAAAACACAUCAACAUAAACCUGAUAUGCAAGAGUUACUCCACCAACUAAACAGACAGCGGCCACAAUCCAUUUACAAUUCAAGAAAGCUGCCAAACCAGAAUAAAAUGUUUGUUCGUUUUUUUACAAAAAAAAGAGAAAAUUGUGAGUGUAAGAGCGACUAGAAGAUGAAAAAGUAAAUCUUGAUUAUAAAAAAACAUUGUCUGCAGCCCCCCGUGUUUUAGAAACUGUAAUUCAUAUUUUUCUUUUCACUAUAACUUUGCAAUGCCAUUGCUGCUAUAACUUCUUUUUUUUUUUUAAAAAGAGUUGAAAUGUUCUUGACUCUUCACACUAGAAUCCGGAUUCCAGAGUACAACAAGAAGAACUCUUUUGCUUUUAUUGAUAAAAGCAGAGAACAAUCAUGAGAUUAAUUACCUUUUAGAUCAUGCAAAGAUUGUUUUUUCUUUUUUAAACUCAGACACAAAGUCACUUUGAGAGAUUGCCCCUCCAGUUUUUAGGCCAAAUGAGAGGAAAUGGAAGUUUGACCAGCAGGGGGCGCUAGGUAGGAGGCAGAUUUGAUUGUAUCCAGUCCUGCAAACAGAAGGAGAGGAGGGGGAGGUAUUUAGCCCUGGGGUUGUUUUUUUAUCUGGGUCCCAAAUGGAAUUAACUGAACAACAAAUCAGUGAAACAGUGGCUCAUCAGGAAAUAGCUGCGAACCGGUUUUAAUCAUGGCCUGUAGCAUCACGCUCCCCAUUCUGUUUAUGGUCACGUGUUCACAGAGACGUUAUCUGUUCCUCGUCUACGGGAUGAAAUAUGUGCCACCAGAAACUGAAUUUGAAUCAUUUAUAUUUGAAGUUCAAUUGCUUAACUUGAAUAAUUGCAUUAAAAAAAACAGAAUUUUAAUCACAUCAUUUGAAUUUGUAUUGUUCAAUUUGAAUCAUUGCAUUGAAAAACUGAAUCUGAAUCCUUUUUCGGCCAAUCCGCGGUCAAGCCAGUCUAAGUUCUUCCUCCGUUCCGUGGCGCUAUGGCAACCGGGUAGCAACAAAUGUUACGAAAGAAAACGGAGGUGCUGAUUGGCCGAAGAGGCGAUAUGGCAACCGGGUAGCAACCAAUGUUACAAAAGAAAACGGAGAUGCUGAUUGGCCGAAGAGGCGCUGUUCGUCGCAGAAAAUUUAAAUUAAACUUUGCAAACUGAAUUUGAAUUGUGGUCGACCGAUACAAGAUUUUUAAGGCCGAUGCAGAUUAUUUUGACAUCAGUCUAAACCGAUCCCCGAUAUGUGCUGCCGAUUUUUUUGGGCCGAUUCUUGAAGCCGAAAAAAAAGAAACAUUUAUUAACAAAGCAAACAAAUCUUUAACAGUUGGAUAGCAAACAAUGUGAGAACUCUAGUUGUGAGAACUGAAUGUUCAGUUCCAAACUAAUAAAUUAAAUUUCAAAUUACAAUUCAGAUUCAGUUUUUUUAAAUGCAAUGAUUGAAAUUGACCAAUACUAAUUCAAAUGGUGUGAUUCAAAUUCCGUUUUGUUAAUGCAAUUAUUCAAGUUAAGCAAUUCAAACCUAUAAAUAAUUAAAAUUCAGUUUCUGGUGGCACAUAUUUCAGGCCGUAGUUGUCGCCCAUCUGUCCAGUGAAAGGGAAUCGUCUGUUUCUACAGAUAAAACAGGAAGAGGAGGGAUACAAAGCGGUGCCUCGUCGUUGCUCUUUGUCUCGUUUCUUUCCCUCAGAUUAGUUUUAAUAGCAGUUCAUACUAAGAGUUUCUAAAUAUGUAAAUCUAUCGCUGUAUAUUGCUGUUUUUCUUUAAGUGCACCAAUUUUCUUUUUUGCCUUUUUGUUUGUUUCUCCAUUGGGAAAAAAAAAUACUUGACAGAAGCGAGGGGGUGUCUUUGGUAUCAAACAGACUGUACUGUACAUUAAAUGGAUGCAAGUCGCUGGUUUUAUUCAGUCUUUUCAGAACAGGGUCUGUAUUUUGGGGUUGUAUGUCAAAUGUUUCCGAAUAUGAUGUUGGACUUCACUUUUGUUUUGUUUUCAUACAUGAAAACAUAAUUUUUGCACAAUGUCUUUUUGUGAAUGUUUAACCUGUUUCUGUACUGUCUCGUAUUUCCUUUAAUGUGUGUGUGAGAGUGUGUGUGUGUGUGUGUGUGUGUGUGUGUGACGAUGGGAGCGAGUGUGUCUGUGUGCAUGCAUGCGCACACGUUUUGUCGUGGAGUUGUGUUUCUACCUGUCUCGUCCUUACAGGUCACAUUUCUUGUUGGGAAAGAAAAAAAAAACAUAGUUGUUGCCUUGUCACAAAUUUGUGGCUACAUAUAAUUUAUUAUACUUUUUUCUUUUGCUUUGCCAAACUUUCACCAAAUAUGACAUUCUCUCUUUUUCUUUUCUCGCUUAGUUUCAUUAUGUAUUAUUCAAAGUAAAAUGCCUUAUUUAGCUAGUAUUUUUUUGUAUAGAUGUUCCGUUACAUCUGCAUAUAGGGACAUGUUACCGUGUUUGUGUUCAGUUUGUCCUUUUGCUUGUUUGCGUACACGGCCUUGGUGAUGUGCAUUAUCUUCAGAAGCCAACAGUAACGCGAAGGUACCACUGUCCAAAUCACUGCGUUAAUUCCCCAAAAAGUCAAUCAGUCAUCCCUCAAAGCACAAACGGAGAGUUAACAAAAAGUUCUUACCAGUGCCUCUAAAACGACUUUAAGUAGUUUCUCUUUUUGUGAGCUUCACCUGCGUACGAUGUCCACAUCACGUUUCCUGGGAGAGUGAAUAUUAACUCUUUUGUUGGAUUUCAUCAUUUGCAGAUGAUGCCAUGUUGUCUGUUUUAAAGGGGAAUUCUGGAUGUUUUUCAACCCUGGGUCUUUCCUCAGAUGUUUGUCUGGUAAUUUCAAUUAUGACAUUUUACCAGAAAACUCCAAACCUCUUUUACUUUGAGUUUACUGCAUAGACUGUAAGAAAAGGAAGUGGACGAAGCCACCGUGAUGUUGACCGUUGGUUUGUGGACGUUUUGAAGCCUUGAGUUUUGCAUCAUCUUUGUGUUUCUUGAGCCAGAAGUGACCAUAUUUGCAUGAGAGCAAGGAUCUGACUGAGAACCAUCUGACAAGGGAAACUAUGUACGCCUGCCUGACUCCUGGCUAUGUUGUGCAAAUUUUCUGCACUAUUACAAUUUAAGGGAAAACCAAAUGCCAGUUCUGCUGCAGGAGGUGUUCACUUAGCGAUCUCUGUUUGUUUACAAAAAUCACUGGACACUCUGUGCACAGUUAGCGAUGCCGGUUAAUUCACGAUCGCUAUGUUUAUGAUCAGCGGAGACGCUGUGCAUAAUUAGCCAUGCUGGUUUGUUUAUGAUCAGCUGCCUUGACCUGUCGCUGUGGCAGCAACUAUCAAAGUAGCCCCACUAAUCAUACCCAGCUUUAUCAUGUUUUCUAUUCUAAAUGAAACAUAACUUGCAAAAUGAACAUCAUGUUGUCUUAAAGAAAUCUUGAAACUUGCGAUUGAGACCAUAUACUCAUGAGGAAAAUGUUUACUGAGGUAGAAAGUUUAGUGAGAAGUGAGUGAUGAUUUUACCCCCAAAAGGCUGGUAUUUCUCGAGUUCUGGCGUAGUCAGCAGAUAUCUGGAUAUUUGGGCCAAGAUUUCCUCGUCAGUUUUAACAGUCCGGUUAGCAACACGACAGUGGAGUUGGUGUUGAGAAAAGACGUCUUACACCAGAUUGUUUUAGAAGUGGCCAGUUUUGCUGAAUUAUCUGAGCUUAUAAAAAGCUCCAUUGUCGUCAGCAGGUUUGCAUUUCGACUGAUGUUUCCCUCCUCUGUUGCUCUCUGAAUGAACCGUUUACCUGCAGUCAAACCAAAGCACGCUCAGCUGUGAUUGGUCGAUACUUCUCGGUCUACUAACAGAAACAAAGAUGCUUCCGAUACCAAAAUAUGGUGCAGUUGCCGACAGAUGCUACAUUAAUAUGCACAAUCUGUUUAUUGAGAUUAUUUUCCGAUAGACUUAUAUACAGUCUUGACUUCUUUUUGCCGCGGGUGGAGUCGCCCCCCGGUGGCCGUUAGAGAGAAUGCAGGUUUGAGGCUGAAUUUAGAUGCUUCGUCCACUUCUUCUUUUAUACAGUCUAAAAGUAGUUUGACACCAUUUCUUUGGGAUUGAUUAAAAGCUUGAUCAACAACAUUACUUCCAGUUUUCAGUUUCUACAAUCUCGAGAACAGAGUUGAGUAAAAUGUCCGCAAUUCCCCUUUAAAGCUCUUUAGUCCCACACCAUUCUCUUACUGCACGAGGCCUUCUGUUUGGUAUCUAGCAUGUCUCGGAUGGUAAUGCACACACAGUAUGUAUCCAACUCAAGUAUUUGAUUGUUCUAGUGUUUGUUUUUUGAUUCCUGAAGGGGGAAAAAGCAUUGGUGAAUCAGAAACGUAGCACAGCUAAAGUAUCUGAAACAAAAAAACCAACCAAACGUGUGAUUCCUCAGCCCAUGUGUGCACAUCAUUUCCUGUUUCUGGCUUGUUCUUGUGUAAAAACUUGAAUCAAACUGGUGGUGCAGUGUGUGACGACAGCUGGAGGCCACGGCUCUGUGUUGUUACGUCACAACAUGCCUUCUUUAACAGUGUUCUUUUCUUUUCAUUGGUUAACUUAAAUGUUCUUCAGAACGAACGGUCACCUCAACAUGUUGUAAACGUUUAUCUCUUUAUCAUAAAUGAUGUAUUUAUUGUAUAGUUCUUGUCUUCACAUCGUUGUCUCAUGACUGAUUCACGGCUGGUUUUGUUACUCUUCAACGUCUCCUGAGAGACAAAAAGCAUUUUGGUUCACAUGGAAGUUUAACUUUCUGCUUUUCCUCUGUCGCCCUGGUAACCUGCUCAUCUGCUUCUUAACUGUAGCUGCACGUUAUAAAAAAGUCCCCGAAGUUCCUCCAGUUUACUUUCUCGACACAGUUAGUGGAGGUUUAUGUGCCAUACUGUAAUAAUCCAAUCUAAAGUCACUGAAGCAGCAUCUAGUAUCCUUUUUUUUACUCCAUUUUAGGAGAAAAUGACUGAAAAUUUCCCGUUUCUGCAGCAGGCAUGGAAGUUAAUCUUCCAUGCUGGAGAAACAAGAAAUAAGGCGGAGAUUUACACAAUUUAAACUCCUUUUUUAAACUUAAAAUCUCUUUCUCUCCUUUUAUUUUCAAUGUAUAUUAAAAAAAAGAAAUCCUGGAUUGUUAAAAGCUGCAUAAUCAUCAAUUAGAUUUUAAAUAUUUAAAGCCACGAGAACACGCAGAGAGGACAGCUGCUGGAUUUUGUGGCCUGUUAUGUUUUUUAAUUUCCCUCAAAUUUCAAACGAUAAUGCCUGAGAAAUGUUUAUCACCAUCGUAGUUAAAGACAUCGUGUAAACAAACCAUCACACGUUGUUCUUGUGUUUGAUUUCACACUGUUACUGAACAUGAACUGGUUCUGGUUGAAGACUUGACCUUCGUUUUUCAGUUUUUAAAGUGCAAAAAUCACGAGAUCUAAAAGAGAGAAAAGGGGAACGUAGCUGCAGAGAAAAUCCAAACACACUCCGAGAAAGAUCAACAGACGUAAAUGCUUAAACUCUCAUGUUUCAUUCAAAAGAAAAGAAAGUAGACCUAGUUUGCCUUGUGGGAAAUAAAGAAAAAUCCUUCAUGUCAGGACAUUAAUUAUUAAUAAAUUAAUUACAGGCUGGUUUCACAGACACUGAAAUAGUUUCUCAGCUCAAGAGGUGAAAAUAUAUUAAUUAUAGCUCCUGGAAUUAUUGUUUAAACUUUACUGAAACUUUUGCGUUUGUUUAAUUCCUGUGCACAAAACUUUAGGUUAUUUACAUAACCCCGGUUCUCUGAGUAAUAUGAGUGAGAUGUCGAACAAAAUAUUAUGAAAGAGAAACUUAAAUGUUUGCUUUUCUGCAAAGUGACAGUUUGUCUAAGGGACUGUCUGAGUAAAUGAACAAUAAUUAGCUUUUUUUUUUUAUUGUAUCCACUUGUUUUCAAGAGGAAUGAUGAAGAGAAAACUAACAUUUAAAUCCUCAACACAUUCAGAAAAAAGAUGUUUGACUCACUGUUAAAAGAGAACAAGAGAUGAGAGAGUGAAAGAGGAUAAAUAAGAAGUUCUACACCUCCUAAUUCAUGUCUGUGAAAGCAGCCAGCUUAAUAACACAAAGACAAGAGAAGUGAAAUAAAUAAAUAAAUAAAUAAAGCUCCUGUUAGUGGCAUCACUGAACCAAGUGCACCAGCUGGCUGCUCCUGGAGUCAGAAACCUUAUUACGUCAUUACUCCGUAAGUUCUAUGGUGGGGUUUUUAUCUUUUCCUUUCUUUUAUUUUCUUAUUUGUAACUAUAGCUCUCUGUAUUCCCAUGUGGACCAAUCUCAUGAGUCAAAACAUGGUAUGUGUGAUCUUUUAUUGUGCAAUAAAAGAUGACUUUCAACUUUC